UAAAUAAAUAAAACAGUUGUGCUUGUGGCUCACGACACGUCGUCGUAUACGCACCCUCAUCGAAUUUCAUUUCGUUCCCCCCGAUUCUUCCAGCCCUUUCUUUCGGCGACAGGCAGAGUUCUUUGCUUCUUCUUCAACUUCUUCGGUUCCCGCUCUUAAACCCAGAAGAGCCACCGAUCCAAACCAUAUUUUCUCGCUGAAAUUUCAAAUCGUUGUUAGAAGUUUUUUCAUUUUUUAAAGUUGAGACCUUGUUCGUCAUGGGAUGCUACAGAAGAGCAAAGCUUGCAGUAGAUGCCUUUCGCGGAUUCACUGCGAGGAUUGUACCCAAAGGUGUAGCUAAAGAACCCAUUUCGAGAGCCUUCUCAACCGAGUCUUCCACUUUGGCCUCCAACAAAGAUAAGUUUUCUGGGUUUUCUCGGUAUUCUUCUCUUUCACAAAAAUCAAUUCCACAACUUGGAUUUACCAGAAGAACACAGUACACUAGUCCCUUUCUUGAUUCUGCCAAGAGAUAUUACUAUGUCGAUCGGAACAGCGUGCACCAUUUUAAACCGAGAGGCCCCCGUAAGUGGUUUCAGAGUCCUAGAAACAUGUUCAUUGUGGUUCUGGUGGGUUCUGGGGUUUUCAUCACUGUGUAUUUUGGGAAUUUGGAGACUAUUCCCUACACGAAGCGAACCCAUUUUGUGAUUUUGUCGAAAGCCUUGGAGAAGAAGAUGGGAGAGUCCCAGUUUGAGCAAUUGAAAGCCAGUUUCAAAGGGAAAAUAUUGCCUGCUAUACACCCAGACAGCGUCCGCGUUAGGUUGAUUGCCAAGGAUAUAAUUGAGGCUUUGCAGAGAGGGUUAAGGCAUGAGGUGGGCUGGAGUGACUUGGAGUAUGCCUCUGAUAGAUUCGAGCCGGCACAUGAAGGUAGUGGGCAUGACACUUUGAUGGCACUGAAGGACGUUGGAGAAGAGGUGAAGAAGUGGUCCCGUGAAGAUGAGAUUCUUGAUGAUGAAUGGAUUCAGAAGAGUAGGAAGACGGGUCAGGAACGAGGUACUAAAACUGCUACUUCGCAUUUGGAUCAUCUGAAUUGGGAGGUUUUGGUGGUGGAUGAACCUGUUGUCAAUGCAUUUUGCUUGCCUGGCGGGAAGAUUGUCGUCUUCACGGGGUUGCUGAAACAUUUUAGAAGUGAUGCUGAGAUAGCUACGAUCAUUGGUCAUGAGGUUGGGCAUGCGGUUGCUCGACAUUCUGCAGAGGGCAUUACAAAGAACCUGUGGUUUGCAAUCCUGCAACUGAUACUUUAUCAGUUUGUUAUGCCUGAUGUUGUCAACACAAUGUCCAAUCUUUUCUUAAAGCUUCCUUUUUCUCGAAGGAUGGAAAUUGAAGCAGAUCACAUUGGGCUGCUGUUGGUUGCUUCUGCUGGAUAUGAUCCUAGAGUGGCUCCAACGGUGUACGAGAAGUUGGGCAAAAUUUCCGGUGAAUCUGCACUGAGAGAUUAUCUUUCAACCCAUCCAUCCGGUAAAAAGAGAGCUCAGUUGCUUGCUCAAGCUAAGAUAAUGGAAGAAGCACUUGCCAUAUACCGGGAUGUAAGAGCUGGACGUGGGGUUGAAGGUUUUCUUUAGGACGGCCCCUACAUUUGAUCACCAUGUAACUCCUAACUCCUGCCUGCCACAGUUCCAUUUUUUAUUUUUAACUUUUGGAGAGGAUCCCUGUAUCUGCAUGUUUCCGGCG